CUGUUCUGGAAUGCUCUAGAACCUCCAACUGUUCUGGAACACUCUAGAACCUCCAGGCAAAGGGCUGGAACCAGGAUCACAGAGCAUUCCAAGGUCUUCCCAGCCUAGGUCGGUCCAGCCCCCCUCCAGCACCCCCAGCAGGCCUCAUGUGGAUGCUGGCACUCAGUGGGAUCUUCCUGGCAGCCGCCCAGGCCUGUGUCUUCUGCCGCUUCCCAGACCGUGACUUAUCGGGCCGCCUGGCUCAACUCUGCAGCCAGAUGGAGGCCCAGUGGAAGGACUGUGAGGUCUCCUGGAACUUCUCAGCCUUUGCCUUAGAUGAUGCGUCUAUGAACAAAGUCACAGAGAAGACUCACAGAGUCCUGAGAGUCAUGGAGAUCAAAGGGUCUCUCUCCUCACUCCCUUCAUAUUGGCAAUGGCUUCAUAGGACCAAGCUCCUCGAGUACAACAGGGAAGCUCUCUGCGCUCCCGCUUGCCGGGGCAGCACCAUCCUGUACAACUGCUCCACCUGCGCGGGCUUCGAGGUGUACUGCUGGACCCGAAAGCGCUGCUUCCCAGGAAGUCAUGAUCUUUGGGAAGCCAGGAUUCUGCUCCUCUUUGUCUUCGGAGCUGUGCUGCUCCUGGGUUUUGUGAGCUUCGCAGUGGAGUACAACCACUUUCAAGCAAAAAGUGACUUGUGAAGACACAGACAGAUCCUAGCCUCCAGUUCCAAGGAGCAAGUACCCACAACUUCCACGUCUCUUGCCGGGGGUGGGAAGGGCCAGCCCCUUGGUACCAGCCACAACGGUUCAGUCUUCCAAACCCCGACACCCAGACGUCCCUAUCAUCCCAGCGUCAGAUGGCCUCCAGGGACCCAGGCACCCACAGCUGGAAAGUUCCUCCCCUCCAGCCCUCAGCCAAUCAGACAGGCAGUCACCGUGCCAGGAAAAUAUCUACAGAAGGAAAGAAUCCCCUCCGCACAUGCCACUCCCACACCCCCUUCUGCCUGUUCCCGGAAAGCGGGGGUGUCUGCCCCAGAAGCUACUUCUGGCCCUCCUAUGACUGAUUGGGAAUCCGGGAAUGAGUGUUCUGGAGAACUCCCUCCCCCCAGAGUGAGACCACAUCAGUCAGCCUGUUGGCAUACUAUCCUUCCAUUUAACAUUGUGAAGCCUUGGCCUCCCACAGAGGCCUCCCUCCUGC